GUUAUCAGGUUCGGUGUGUGAGCCGAGGGGCAGGAAAGCACCUUUUCUUUUUUCCUCCUCCUGCUGGUGACGACACGACGGUGACUCUGCGCGUCCGUACAGGAGCCACCAUCAUCAUCACCACCACCACCACCACCAUCAUCAUCAUCAUCGUCAUGUUUACCUGAACGCGGAUAACGGGGGCUGUGGAGAAAUGGCCUGGACAUAAACACAAAUAAUAAUAAAACACCUGCGGCUCUCGAACAGGAUCUGCUCGUCGUUGUUUUUGUUUUUUUUGUGAGUGUGUAAAGUCUCCGCGUCGCGUGGAGCCCGGAAAACCCGCUCCAAAUGUCAACUUGUGCAGUGACAGACUUCAACAAUGGCUUGGAGGCCAGUUCAGACUCUGAUGAUGAGGACAAGCUACACAUUGUGGAGGAGGACAGCCUGCAGGAGACCGAGGUCGCCGAUGGGGACGGGACCAUGGCAAAGGACGGCCAUGAUGCUGCUGCUACAGUAUUACCACACAACGGCUCCUGGAAUGGAGUGAAAGAGGAGUGUGUGUCCGAAGAGGAAAAGGAGGUCGUGAAGGAUGCACUCGUGGAGGAGAUUCUCCAGCAGGGAGACACAGCCAUCAUCUACCCUGAGGCCCCCGAGGACGAGCAAAGUCCAGUAGAGCCGGGAGGAGCCGAUGAAAAUGGCACACCGGACUCCUUCUCCCAGUUGCACACGUGUCCCUACUGCUCUCGGGGCUACAAGCGCAACGCCUCGCUGAAGGAGCACAUCAGGUAUCGCCACGAGACCAGCGACAGCAACUACAGCUGCUUGCACUGCAGCUACACCUUUACCUACCGCUCGCAGCUGGAGAGGCACAUGAGCCACCACAGAGGCAACCGGGAUCAGCGUCACGUGUCCCAGUCAACAGGAGGGACAGGUGGAACUCGCAAGUUCAAGUGUACCGAAUGUUCCAAGGCCUUCAAAUACAAGCAUCACCUGAAGGAGCAUCUGCGCAUUCACAGCGGUGAGAAACCGUAUGAAUGCUCAAACUGCAAGAAGCGAUUCUCCCACUCAGGCUCCUACAGCUCCCACAUCAGCAGUAAGAAGUGUGUGAGCGCAGCACACCCCAACGGCGUUGCUCGGACAUCAAUAAAGUCCCCUCCACCCACCACCCAGACCACACCUGUCGUAAUAGCCCCCGCCCGCAUGAUCCUUAAAGAAAAGGGUGAGAGUAAACCCCUCCAGGAGCAGCUCCCCGUGACCCAGAUCAAAUCUGAACCUGUGGAAUACGCCUGCAAGCCCGUGAUGGCUGCACCAGCAACGUCAGCUGGCACCAAUGGCGUGGUGAAUGGAGGGACUGCUCAGCCUGCCACAGCUACAAACCUGUCACAGGGCGUGGCUAUGGUUGUGCCCACAGUGGGCCUGAUGUCGCCCAUCAGCAUCAAUCUGAACGACCUGCAAAAUGUGCUAAAGGUUGCAAUGGACGGAAAUGUGCUCAGGCAGGUGAUGGGUUCAGCCAAUGGGGUGGUGACGCAGGGGAAGCAGGGAAUCGUCGUCCAGCAACCACAGCAGCAGAUCAUCAGCCUGCCGGCCUUCGUGGAUCACGACGGCACCACGAAAAUCAUCAUAAACUACAGUAUCGGCCCUGCAGCCGGCACCACAGCCACGACCCAGCCUACACCGCUCAUUGUCAAAAACAGUUCUGCUAUAACUCCCACUGUGACGAGCACUGCUGUCGCCCCCUCCCCCACCGACACAGACAAACCCACAACCCCAGAGGUGGCUGACCUCAGUAUUGUUAAGGAAGAGCCAGAAUCACUGCUCAUCACAAAUGAGACAGAGGCAGCCACACGGACAAAAAUGGAAACUGUUGACACUUCUUACCCAGCUCACUUGCCAAAAGCCAACAGCACCAGUUCAUGUUUACUAUGUGACGACUGUCCCGACCACCUGGAAGCGGUGCACCUCCUCCAGCAUCGCAAAGCAGCCAAUGGGGAGGCUGUUGACUCUGCUGCCCUGGACCCGUCAUUUGCUGCUCUGCUAAGUGACGCAGGAGUGACGCUGGAGGAGCCGCCGGUGGAAGACAUCGUCUCACUCCUUAAGAACUAUUUUGCCUCAAACGCCAACCCUAGUGCGAAAGACCUGAUGGAAAUCUCAGAGUCUGUUAGUAUUCCCGUGGACGUGGUCAGAAAGUGGUUUGCCAAGAUGAACUCUGGGAAAAAAGUAUUCAAAAGCUGCAGUACACAGCUUUCCAAAACCACAAAAUUCAACUCGAAAGACACUUUGAAUCAGAACGGAGAGGAAAAGGACUCCAAACGAGAAACAUCCAACAAAGUCUCAUCAGAAUCCAGGAGCACUUCUCCUUCAGACUCUACAUCACUAAGCCUCAAUAAUGGGGAACUCAUUAUUAAAAGCGAGCCAGAAGACCCAGAGGCCCCAGACUCCCAGGCAGAGCCUCUGGACCUCUCUCUUCCUAAACACAUUGCAGCUGCAUUGAAAGCCAAGAUUGCCCCACUUCCUGCCAAACAGCAGGAUCAGCCUCUGAACCUGGCUCGUCUGAAUGAUGAGCAGCUUGGGAGUCGAACAAUCUACGUCACCGCACCUCAGACUGGAAACCCAGUCAACAUCGUCACAGCCGCACAGCUGCCCACGUUACUGUCCGUUGCCGGUCAGGGCUCGAUGGGUUGUCUCAGCUCCUCAACGAAGCGAACCAUCCUCAUCCCGCAGCUCACCUACACCUACGCCACUACAGCCAGCAACGCCUCUGGAGCACAGACCGUCGUCCUCAACGGCCAUAAGGAGGAAACAGUUUUGGAAAGCAGCUCGGACAUGUUGUCCACGGUGGAGGAGCAGGGCGAUGCACCCAUGAUCAUAAGGAGGCGGCGGAUGGACAACGGAGUUUACCCCUGUGACCUCUGCUCCAAGGUCUUCCAGAAGGCCAGCUCCCUGAUCAGGCACAAAUACGAACACACAGGAAAACGGCCUCACGAGUGCUCCAUCUGCAACAAGGCCUUCAAACACAAACACCACCUGAUCGAACACUCGAGGCUGCACUCCGGCGAGAAGCCGUACAAGUGCGACAAGUGCGGGAAGCGUUUCUCUCACUCCGGCUCGUACUCGCAGCACAUGAACCACCGCUACUCGUACUGCAAGAAAGAAGGGCUCGACCUGGACUCCAGCUCCGAGUCGAGGCUGUCCCGGGCCGGCGGGAGGCUGAAGUCGAGCAGAGGGACCACGACCCCGCACUCCCAACUGGACUCAGACGAGAGGGAGAGCGAGGAAGAGGACGGCGACGACGAGGCCAUGUGCAUGGACGACAUCCGCGUCGUCCAGGUGGACGACGGCGAGUGCGAGAUCUACGAGGGCAACUUUUACGACGAAGACGACGACGAAGACGAGAUGAUGGAAGAGGGAGAGGAAGAGGGCAGCGUUGAAAAGAUGAAGGAGUUUGCGUGCGACGUGGUGGAGGUCGAGCUGGGGGAAGACCACAUGGAAGGGGACGGGGAAAACCAGGCAGUGGCGGCCGCGAAGGAAAUAGACAGUGUAGCAAAUACGGACAAAAGCAUGAGGAAGGAGGGAUUCAACAUCGAGCACGCAGAGGAAGUGAUGACAGAUUCCGAUUAAAAUUGGAAGGAGAAUCUCUUUGGGACAGUUUUGAAUGUGUUGAUCACUGAAAUCGAGUUAAUUAAGACAAAACCGCAUCUUGCCAUCAGAAAAAAAAAAAUGGCGGUUGCCUGAUGUAACGGUCCACCACUGUGUACAAAAUCCCAGGUGUGCCUGAACUUGAAAAACAAACAGUGACUUUUUCUUUUUUUCCUUGUGAAAAUUAACUAUCAGUAUUAAAAAUUGUUUAUAAAAGUACAGAUUUUAAAGCAAAACUCACCCAUCACCUUGUUAGACUUGUUACUGAGACAUCCCAGGUUGUUUUGUCUGUCUGUCUGUCUGUUUGUUUUUAUCUGGUCAGUGUUACUAAUCUUGUUGUUCUUGUUUGAAACAUUUAAACCUGUAAAGAUGAGAAAGAUUUCUAUACCUUUUUAUUGCCAAUGAAGUUUCCUAAAUCAGUAUUUUAUUGAGUUCUACGAACAAAAACCUCUGCACUACAGUAUUCCUGGUUUACCUAUGGAUACAUGCCUCAUGCAUCGUACACCCUUCAGUGUUUUUAUACAUGUACACUAGCGAGCAACAUGUCGUCCGUGUUAGUCUUUGCUAGCUGGCAUCAUUUUUGUUUUUCAGUUUGACUGUUAGCCUUAAGGAAAACAAAGUAUUCUUGGGGAGGGUCGAGGGUGGGAUGGGGAGUCUGGGAGGAGACGGUGGCUUCCUACGCCGUAACCAAAUUUGUCCUAUCAGGGAACGUAGAGUCACAACCUUAAAAGCCAGCAACCAGGCACCUGUGUUUUUGCAACGCGGCGCAGUCCAAACGGGCAUCGAGUGGCUCCAAAAGCACUCGAACCAGUUCUUUUCGCGAGCUUCUCCACAUUCUUGGUUUCAGUGUUAUUAGAUUAGCUCAUGUAUGUGACGUCGUCAUACUAAUUGUGAAGGAACGGGGCUCUUUCCUGCUCCGACCCCAAUGCCUCCAGCCUUAUGCAAGACCUGUGUGCUGUUAAAAGUGCCAUUGAACAGUGUUAUCGUUUCUAAUUCUUCUUCUUCUUCUUCUUCACACACGUAGCCAGUAUUAUUCCGUUUAUUCUGUUACUGAAGCAAGACCCAUAUUGACUAAUGUUUGCCGACUUGCACAGAACAGCAGCUUUAGGUCGUAGAAGGUGGAAAAAAAAGAAAAAUGUUCCUGUGAAAUAAAUGUUUUUAUUUAAAUUUUUUUUUUUUUUUUGGUUUUGGGGAGGCCUUGAACACCAUGUGAACCACGCCCCAAGAGUUGGGGAACUAUUUUAUGGCGGCACGUAAGUUCUUCCAUUUUUAAAUCCUUGUUACCAGUGAAGCUGUUAUUUCUCCUCCACAACCAGCUUGUAGUUUUAUUGACAACAUGUGAGGAUUAAAUGCACAUUAUAAUCACCUCAUUUCAUAUUCACUCCACAGUGACUUAAAGAGGGAAACAGUCAAGAAACAUCCAAUUUUAAUCACAUAACAUUGACAGCUACCUUUUAGCUGUCUUAUCAUAUAUCUAUUAGAAACGAUACUUAAAACCAAUUAAUGCAUGCGUUAUAUUUUAUUUGAAGUCGUAACAGUGUAUAAGUUUCAUUUUAAAAGUUCUGACUCAGUUGACAGUGGAUGUAAAAAAAAAAAAAUCAUAAUCACCAGUUUCCCAACCAUAAGUUCUUAAAAAUGUAAACAAAACCUGGUAAAAAAAAGACGCUGUUCUGUUGAUACACAUUGAGAUGAUUGACAGUUAUUCCACCGAGUUUGAUCAGGAGCAAAGAAAGAAAGUCAAAAUUACAAUCGCAAAACAGGAGUCAAGUGAUUUUUUAUUUUUGGUCAGACGUGCACUUUGUUUUUAGGAGGGGAGAAUUUAAAAAAAAAAAAAGUGGUCACAAGCUGUCCUGCACUUCAGGAAACAAACAUUAGUGAAUGUGGUUUCAGUUGUUUUCAGUUGGAUUGAUGAAACAGUGUUAAUAGUUUGUUGUGUUUUCUUUUUUCCCCCGUCAAUGGCAGUAUUAGAACCCUUUUCACAGAUUAGAAAAACAACACCAGAACCUGUUUAGUUUCUAGCAGACUUUUAUAUUUAUGUGUCUUAUUUUUAUAUUUUCUUUUAAGGUUAUUUAUUACACAUGGUAGUGUACAUUACUGUAGUAUGGAUUGAUACAAUAAUAUAUUUUAGUAUGAAAAAUAAUCUCACAAACAAACAAACAAACAAACAAACAUACACAAAUAAUAAUAAACAAAUCCCAAAAUGUGGUUCUGGGAGCUUGAAGUUUGUUUUUAUCAAAAAUGUAUUAAAAAAAGAGAAAAUGUCAUUUUAAAAACAAAAAAAAACAUGUAUUCUGUAAACAUGACUUCUGUUUUAAGCUAAAAUGAAAAAAGUAAUGAAUUGAGAAAUAGAAAAGUGUUACAUGUGCAUCCGCUCUUUGCGUCGUUAUGAAGCUACUGAAUUCUGUGAUUUUAAAAGCAUGAGUCAUCGAUGUUUUAAUGAAGGAUCAUGCUAUGACGACGAUGUUCCACACUUCCUUUUUUGUUAUUGUUGUUGUUAUUAUUAUUAUUACGUAGAAGCCAAAUUUGGAUUAACCCGCCACCAUGUUUUUUUGUUCUGUGCCAACUCGCUCCAUCGUACUGUCGAAGGCUCUGUCCUCUACAUGCCCUCUGUAAAUCCACUGUCUUUUGUAUCGUUUUUACUUUAGUUUUUGCUCCAUUUUUAUGACUCCCCAUCACAAUAAAAUAUAAGACAAGCA